CAGAAUUCAAUGGCUGACGAAGGUGACAGCAGAUCAAAAGAUAAUAGUUGAUUCAAAGAAAUAUUCCGUUGGACAUGGCAGAAGCUGUUUACAUUACUGAUUCUGACAAAAGUGGUUCCCAAUCUCGGGAUUAUGAAUCCGAAUUGAAAGUGGAACCAUCUAGUCCCUCAGAACGUGAUCGUUUACGACAUUUUUCACGUUGUAGUAGUACAAAUUCCUUACAUACGCCUUCUUCUUCAGCCCAAAAUUCGGACGACGAUGGUGGCGGAGAUAGUGGCGAAUCUAAACCUCAAGCUUUAAGCUACAAAGAACGUCGACGUGAAGCGCAUACCCAAGCUGAACAGAAACGACGUGAUGCUAUUAAAAAAGGGUAUGAUUCAUUACAAGAUCUCGUUCCAAUGUGCCAACAAAAUGAGAAUAAUGGAUAUAAAUUAAGUAAGGCAACUAUAUUACAAAAAAGUAUCGAUUAUAUACAAUUCCUGUUACAAAAGAAACGUAAAGAGGAAGAUGAACGUAAUGCAUUACGUAAAGAAGUGAUUGCAUUACGAAUAAUGCAAACAAAUUAUGAGCAAAUUGUAAAAGCGCAACAAAGUCAACCAGGUCAUACGGAAACACGUGUUUCUGAUGAUGUGAAAUUUCAAUUAUUUCAAGCAAUUAUGGAUCAAUUGUUUGUUAGUUUUAAUAAUGUACCUGUGAAUAAUUUCGCUGAAUUAUCGGGCGGUGUUUUUAGUUGGUUGGAAGAACAUUGUAAACCACAGACUUUACGUGAUUUAGCGUUGCAAGUUAUUCAACUUCAUAAUGCGCAAUUAGCACAAGGUGUUAUGCCAUGAAGUUAUAUUUUUUAAAAUUCAUUUUAUUUGUCCAUAUGGUACAGGAGUAUGAUGUAGUCAGAUUUCAUUUAUCGAACACUUUCAUUGUUUUAAAUGAAUUCUUCGAACAAUGCGUGUCUAGGAUUUAAAGAAAAAUUAUAUUAUUUUGAUAAUAUAACAAAUUUAUUCUAUUUUUAAGAAACUGUACUAAAUAACUCAAUUUUCAACAUCGAAGUGUCUAUUGCCAUCCUCCGCAGAUAUCCUUGACUAAAAAAACACGGACGUAAAUACAUUCAAAACUGGAUAAUAAAUUAUGGCCCUUGCAAUAAUUAUCGUUCAUUGAUAUAUUAUUGAUGAACAAUAAUUUCCUUUGAGAAUUAAUAUUUGAUAUUCAUGCCUAUAAUUUCAGACACGGAUGAUUUGUACUCUUGGAUAUCCGUGGAUACAGUUAAAGCCACGGAUUGAAAAUUUUCUCUCGCGUGGCCUUACUUAGUGAUCCAGGAGUAGGUCAAGUUUUUAUUGGUGUCGAGUUAGCACGGGCCUGACUGUUUUUUUUUUGCCCUUGUGCUAACCACUUGGUGGCGGCCACCCUCUGAUCCACGGGGUAAUUAAAGGCACGGAUAUUCGUAGCGAAAAUUAACAAAAUGUUUUUUAAGAUUUUUCAAAAUCUAAAACAAAAAUUAGAACAGAUAUUUAACAGAUAAUUUGUUUGAAUUUUGUCUAUAAUUAGGAAAGAAAUAUCGAAAAGCCAGAUACCGAAAUUUUUUUUGAUCGUAUAGGAGUAAAACAAAAGCAAAGUCCACUUCGGUGUUCCUAACUCGUCAAUUUAAGACAGCAACACUAAAUAUUUUUUUAUAUUUUAAGUAUUUAUAUUUAAAGGCAGUUUUGAAACCUCUCAAGAGAAAUAUUAACAAGUAUUGCCACCCACAUUUUUAUACCAUGCAUACAUAUAUGUAAUAUGCAAGGUAUACUAAGUUUAGU